CAUCAUGUACAUCUCUCACUUUUUGGCUGAAUAAAAUAAAAAAGAGUAAAUGUAAGCAGGAGUCCAAAAGAGGAAGGGAUUAGGAGCUCGAUUAUCGAGCAUUUUUAGCCUACCUGCACACUGCCUGUGAGAGUGAAAGGAGUGUUACUCACUGUUGCUACGCUCUCCUAUGCAUCUUCCCCCUCUCCUCCUUUGUCGCUCCCUUGUCUCCUCCAUUCCCAAACACGCCAAAAUCCAAUCUCUCUGGGUCUCCACUGCCCCUUUAUAAACCACCCUUCCCAAGCUCUCCCUACUUGUCAUGAUAUUAUCCACUAUUUAAUGAUUUGAGAACCAUGUUGUGAGUUUCUUUAUAGCAGCUUACUCGAGCUUUUUCUUGUUACAUGGCACAGUAAAAAAAGGGUAAAAAAAAAAAAACGAAUUCUUUAUUCAUAGCCUUCUAGUCCCCACUAAUCUUUCUUCUCCAAAAGACCAAAAAUAAAUCCCUUGUGUAGCACUAGCAGCAAUUAUCAGCAUGCAAGCUCCUUCCUUUACCUACAAUGAUAUAUCCCCUAGAGAAAGCUCCUGCCAUGAAGCUGAUGAUCAUGUAGAAGGUGAAGAUUCCAUAGUCUUAUCACUUGGUCCUCCUGGACAAGCCCCACGCAUUUCCAAAUACCCUUUAACAUCACAUCCUUCAAGCUCAACGUCAAGCAAGGUCCCCAGCUGUCCAAACCCUACUAGUACUACCGAGACUGAAAGUGGUGUAACAGUUGCCCUCCACAUUGGUCCACCAACAACAGUUGAGACCAGCUCUAGCAACUCUAAUGACAUUGGUAACAGUCUUGUUGAAGGACAGUACUGGAUUCCUUCACCGGCCCAGAUCCUUGUUGGUCCCACUCAGUUCUCUUGCAGUGUCUGCAACAAAACCUUCAAUAGAUACAACAACAUGCAGAUGCAUAUGUGGGGGCAUGGAUCACAGUAUCGAAAAGGCCCUGAAUCCUUAAGAGGAACGAAACCGGCUUCUUCUAUGCUGAGACUUCCUUGUUACUGCUGUGCUGAGGGUUGCAAAAACAAUAUAGAUCACCCAAGGUCUAGACCAUUGAAGGAUUUCAGAACUUUGCAGACACAUUACAAGCGAAAGCAUGGAGCAAAGCCGUUCGAGUGCCGAAAAUGCGGUAAGCCCUUUGCAGUGAGAGGGGAUUGGAGGACACACGAGAAGAACUGCGGGAAGCUCUGGUUUUGCAUUUGCGGGUCGGAUUUCAAGCACAAAAGGUCGCUCAAAGACCAUGUUCGAGCCUUCGGAGAUGGCCACGCACCACAUACCGUUGAGUAUUGUGAGGUUGAAGUAGAAGAUGAUGAUAACGAUGAUGUUGAUGAUAAUGAUAAUGAUGAUGACAAUGAUGAGGGCAACCAUGCUCCUCUUUUCUUCUAAUAAUUGAUUAUUCUAAGGGUUUAUCAACUUUUGAUCGUUACUAAUUAAGGUUUUAAGAUUGCUUUGCAUGCUUAGUAAAUGAUUCUAUCUAUAGAUGGGAAGGUAGGAUAUGAUGACAAUCCAUUAAUACAGUG